AUGACGAUUACAAAUAAAGAUAAUGAUAAAAAACCAAGUCUUGCAAUUUAUGGUCACGAUGCACGAAUUCCAGAAUUGAAUUAUGUAUGUAAACAUGAAGAAGAAUUCACGGUUGGAACAUUGAAAGUACGUUCGCUGCAUACACCAUCGCAUACAAAAGGAAGCGUAUGCUAUUAUGUACGAGAUUGUAAUGAAAUGAAUGACGAUAUAGAAAGAGCUUUAUUCACUGGAGAUACUUUAUUAACUGGCGGAUGUGGAAAAUUUAUCGAAGGAGAUGCCAAAGAUAUGUAUAAUGUUCUUUAUAAUAUAUUGGGAACAUUACCGAAAGAUACAAAGGUUUAUUGCGGUCAUGAAUAUGGAAUGUCGAAUCUUCAGUUUGCCAAUACGAUAGAUCCAAAUAAUCAAAAUAUUCGCAGAAAGUUGGCGUGGUUACAAUCUGCUGAUUGUACAGUUCCUAGCACUAUUGGAGAUGAAUUGGAAUGUAAUCCUUAUUUAAGGGUUUCGGAAUUGUCGAUUCAAAAUGCCACAGGAACAUUAGAUCCAUAUGAAGCUUUACAAAUGUUGAGAGCAUUAAAUGAUAAUUUUAAUGUUCAAAAUAAUGGAAUUAAUAAUUUAAAUGGAUCGUUAGGAAUGAAUAAUUGUGUUAGUCAAUUUAGUAAUGGAGCCAAUUCAAAAGGAAAUAACAAACGAGCUAAACGAGCUCAAGUCAUGAAGAAACUUAAAAAAUAUUCUCGGGAUAGUUGA